AUGCCGGAAAAACCUGCGACCAUAGCAGCUUACGCUGCGGGGGCCUCGCUCGCGGCUAUCACCCUCUUCUACGUCUUCGGCCCAAACUUCACGAUCGACGGCGACGAGUCGAAUAUCAGCGGCAGAAAGAAGACUAUCGUCGGCCUCUCGAACCCCGCCAAUGAUUGCUUUAUCAAUUCCGUACUGCAGGCGCUCGCCGGACUGGGAGACCUGCGGCUGUACCUGAUACGAGAGCUACAUCGGAGGGAGCUAGAGGGAAGGGGAGUCUACGAAAGCUAUCCGGACCCUGAAGAUGUGCCGAGGGACCGGACGCCGGAGGGUGUGCGGCAGUUGCAGCAGGCGCCGGUGACUAAGGCGCUAAAGGAGAUGUUGGAUCGACUUAAUGAGAGGCCGAUUUAUCGAAAGACGAUUUCGGCCAGGGGGUUUAUACAGGCGUUGGAGAGUGCGUUUCGGACGAGGAUCAGUCGGACGCAGCAGGAUGCGCAUGAGUUUUUGCAGGUGGUGGCGGAGCGACUGUGUGAUGAAUACCAUGCCGGGGAUAAAGCGCGGAAAAGAGCCGGGGCGCUGCUCACGGUGCCUUCGGGGGUCCCUGAGUUGGAAUUGGAUCCGGAGAAGCUGCAGAUUCCGCCUGCCAGCGUCACGGAUGUUGAUUCGGAAGAUGCGUCGAUGAUCGGUUCACGGUGGAGAGAGACAAGUAGAGAGGAACAUGGGUUUCCCUUGGAGGGAAUGCUGGAAUCACAGGUCGAAUGCCAAUUCUGCCACUACAAAUACAAGCCGAACCAGACGUCGUUUGUCAACCUUACAUUGCAGGUGCCGCAAAAAAGCUCCACCUCUCUGAGUGCUUGCUUCGACGGGCUGCUGAAGACUGAGUACAUUGAAGAUUUCCGAUGCGACAGAUGCCAAUUGAUUUAUACACUAGAUCUCAAACUGAAAGCGCAGCAGCGUGCGGUUUCUGAGCGGGAAAAGCAGGCGAUUAGAGCAGAAAUAUCUCUCCUUCGAGCCGCGAUCGACGGUGACCCGGAGGUGCCUCUAGAGGGCGUCACAAUGCCCGAUGCGCAAAGUAUACCAAAACGGAAAAUAGCACGGCACAUGAGGGUCACCAAAUUCCCAAGGCUUCUUGCGAUUCACCUAUCCAGGUCCAUAUUUGAUCAAAGCGCGUCGACGAAGAAUGCCGCCAAGGUGGCAUUCCCAGAACGUUUACCGUUAGGCGGCAUACUCAAUCGGAAAUGGUACAGGCUGUUGGGGAUCGUGUGCCACAAGGGAAGCCAUCACAGUGGACACUAUGAAUCUUUCCGACGAAAUGUUGUGUACGCGCCGUUUUCAACUCCAGAUGCGUUUAGGUCCUACGCCCAGAGCAGAGCGGCCAGCGAGAAUCCAUCCACCAUGCCCAGUCCGAGGAUGCACACGAUGCAUAGGCCGUCUGAUGCAGAGCUAAGCCCACUGACGAUAUCCGAUUCGUCCUCUGCUUCGGUGUCUACCUCCUCACUGCCGGCGCCGUCGCCAUCCCUGAACCAGAGAAGCCCGCUCUCAUCAGCGUCCAUCGACAGGCUUCCCUCCAUCUCAUCAGCGACGCGGAUCCCACCGAGGUCAUCACCGGCAUCCGCAGUCUCGUCCAACAAACCUGAAUCAGGCUCCAAGGGGCCUGGUAAGCCAUCAUCCGGUGACGCAUCGCUUUUCCGAAGAAAGAAGCGUCAAAACGAACGCUGGUGGAGGAUCAGCGACGAAAGGGUCAAGGAAUGCAAGACAAGCGAUGUCUUGGGAAUGCAGCGAGAGGUGUAUUUGUUGUUUUACGAAAUGGAACGGCCCGGCGAUGAUCCUUCUACAGCAUGA